CUUCGCUUACCAUCCCACCAACCCUCCAUCGCCCACUUUUCAUAAACAUGGCAGCUCUAACUAGCAGCGGCGUGGAGCGCGUGCUCCGCAAAGAGGAGACAACUCCGGAGGAGGCGUACGACACGCUCAAGGCGUACUACGUCGCGAACUCGCGCAACGAGCGCAGCAUCCAGAUGAUGGCGAACAAGCUUGGACACUUUGAGGCCGACUUCCCGCGCUUCAGCCCGCAGAUUGAGAAGAUCCGCGAGAAGUACAGCAUCGAGAAGAUUGUGCCGAGCGAGAACGCCGAGUGGCCGCCACGGGACAUCACGACAGCCGCACGCCUGAGCUCUGCGCUCGGCGACGAGCGGUGCACGGACGACGACGCGCGCCGCUUCGUGUCCGAGUACGCGGAGCACGCGAGCAUGAGCGACACGCACAGCCAAGACUACGUGGUGCGCAAGCUCGACGAGCUCGAGCAGCAGUACCCGCGCUUCUCGGGGCCCAUCCGCUCCGUGCGCUCGCGCCACACCGCCGCGCGCACGGGCGCCGCGCUCAACGCCGCGGGCCACCGCCCCUCGGGCCCGACGGGGUUCACGCGGCCGCACACGCACGGCGCGCCGCCCUCGUAUGGCCAAGAGGGGCCGCAGCACGCCACAGCCCAGCAGGCGCAGUGGCACGGCUCGGCGCAGCAGCAGUACGCCCAGCCGGGACAGUAUGCGCCGCCGCCCGGCGCCCCGCAGAGCCAGUACCAGCCGCCGGCGUAUGGCCAGGAGCAUGGCCAGACCCAGGGGUAUUACCAGCAGGGCCAGCAGUACCAGCAGUACCAGCAGUACCAGCAGUACCAGCAAGGCCCGCAGUACCAGCAGAGCCAACCGCAGUACCCGCAGCAGCAGCAGUACCAGCAGCAGCAGCAGCAGCCGGCGUACGUCCACCCCACGUCUAUUGGGACGCAGAUGGUGCCCCCGCCGCCGGUGCAUGUGCAGUCGCAGCAGAUGCACAACACGGCGCCGGAGACAACGGGACAGUGGCGCCCGCCUAACCUCACAUCCCAGAUCUUCGGGUAUGUCAAGCCCAAGUGGUAGGGGGAGAGCAGCCACAAUGACUGUGAAUGUCUUAUGUCCUGAUGUUAUGAUACACGAUUUCGGGG